CUUCAAGGCAACUGAUAAGCAUUCUUGUGGCUCAACAUUCGCCAUUACUAUCACUUGUGUAGAUCAAUACCUCCUGUUGUCCUCAGGUUUUACUGGCAACUGAAGCUUCCGUCACGUAAAUAUGGUGAAGGAGAAAGUGGAAAAGUUGGCCGUGCCUAGCCUCAAGCUGGGUGAAGGACCACACUGGCAGGAAGACCUACAAGCUCUGCUCUUCGUUGAUGUCUUCGAUAAGAAACUCCGUCGACACUUCAUCAACACCGGGAGGAGCCAGGAGCUCUAUUUAGAUGAUGGAGGCGCGGCGGAGGUGGUCAGUGUAGUGAUCCCGGUGGAGGAUGAUCCAGAGUUGAUGGUGGUGGGUCUGGGGAAGAACCUGUCUGUGGUACGUUGGUCUGUUGAUGACCCGGACAUUCACACAACCAAGCCCAAGGUUCUCCAUACCACCACUGAUGACCACUUCAACGAUGCGAAGUGUGACCCCCAGGGACGGUUGUGGGCAGGUACGAUGUGUCCCCUAGACGACAAGGGAGAAGUACUCGAGUACAACAACUCCUCCUUAUUCAAGUUUGACCACGACCUGGUGUGCACAAGCUGGGUGAAGAAGGUGACAAUAUCCAAUGGGAUGACCUGGAGCCAUGAUCGCAAGUCCUUCUAUUACAUAGACUCAACUGCCCAGGUUAUAUACCACUUCGAUUAUGACGAUGAAGCUGGGACUAUCAGUAACCAGCGUGUGUUAUUGGACUACCCAGAAGCCGGACUGCAGGACCAGACGCCCGAUGGCAUGACCAUAGACGUUGAUGGUAACUUGUGGGUCGCCUGCUUUGGCGGCAGACAGGUAAUCUGCGUGGAUCCUAAAGAAGCUAAAGUGUUACGAAAGAUCGCCAUACCAUCCAAAAAUGUGACAUCAGUGUGCUGGGGUGGGAAGGACUACUCCACUCUGUAUGUCACCUCGGGCUACUUCAAAACGCCUCCUGACGAGAUAGCUGCUUAUCCUUCGACAGGAGGAACUUUUGCUGUCACUGGCCUGGGUACUAAGGGCAAUCCUCCUGUUAACUAUAAGGUAAAGAUGGUGAAGGAAAAAGUGGAAAAGUUGGCCGUGCCUUGCCUCAAAUUGGGUGAAGGACCACACUGGCAGGAAGACCUACAAGCUCUGCUCUUCGUUGAUAUCUUCGAUAAGAAACUCCGUCGACACUUCAUUAACACUGGCAGGCACCAAGAGCUCAAUUUAGAUGAUGGAGGCGCAGCGAAAGGGGUCAAUAUGGUGAUCCCGGUAGAAGAUGAUCCCGAGUUAAUGGUGGUGGGUCUGGGAAAGAACCUGUCUGUGGUACGCUGGUCUGUUGAUGACCCGGACAUUCACACAACCAAGCCCAAGAUCCUUCAUACCACCACUGAUGACCACUUCAACGAUGCCAAAUGUGAUCCCCAGGGACGGUUGUGGGCAGGAACGAUGUGUCCCCAGAAUGACAAGGGAGAAAUACUCGAGUACAACAACUGCUCCUUAUUCAAGUUUGACCACGACCUGGUCUGCACAACCUGGGUGAAGAAGGUGACAAUCUCCAAUGGGAUGACCUGGAGCCAUGAUCGCAAGUCCUUCUAUUACAUAGACACACCUGCCCGGGUUAUAUACCACUUCGAUUAUGACGAUGAAGCUGGGACUAUCAGUAACCAGCGUGUGUUAUUGGACUACCCAGAAGCCGGACUGCAGGACCAGAGGCCCGAUGGCAUGACCAUAGACGUUGAUGGUAACUUGUGGGUCGCCUGCUUUGGCGGCAGACAGGUAAUCUGCGUGGAUCCUAAAGAAGCUAAGGUGAUACGAAAGAUCGCCAUACCAUCCAAAAAUGUGACAUCAGUGUGCUGGGGUGGGAAGGACUACUCCACUCUGUAUGUCACCUCGGGCACUUACAAGAUGACUCCUGAAGAGAUAGCUGCUUACCCUUCGUCAGGAGGAACUUUUGCUGUCACUGGCCUGGGUACCAAGGGCAAUCCUCCUGUUAACUAUAAGGUUAAUCUUGACAAGCUGAAGUAGAAGUUGAUUAACAAGCUAAAGGAGAAGUUUAAAGUGACAAGUAUAAGUAGAGGUUGAUAUUGAUGAGUUAAGGUAGUUAAUUAUGACAGCUGAAGAAAAACAUUGCAAUAUUUGUGGCAAUAGCUGAAACACUUGCCUUUUUUAUGAGUUACAUGGAGUAAACAAAUGGUACAGAAUUUGAGGAAUUCUAGAUUUUGUUUACAAAUUAUUAACUCAAAUAUUUUUAACUGUGUUGUAAGCGAAUGUCAGUCGUGACAAUAGUUCAGGACGAAUCAAAAUAAUGUGUUCAAAAUUUGUGGGUUAGCUAUAAUGUCUGUUAUAUAACAAUGAUCUUCAAUAUAUUAGUCUGUUUUACCAUUCACAAACUAUGAUCAAUAAAAGUACUUAAGUAA